GUCUUGAGCCCACUGGACGUUGAUCUGGCGUUUUACGCUCGGGAUGCGGUGGCAAAGGCAGUCUAUGGCCGGAUGUUCACUUGGCUGGUCAACAAGAUCAACAGCUCUUUGGCCAACAAGGACCUCCACAGGAAGACCGUCAUCGGGCUCCUGGACAUCUAUGGCUUCGAGGUCUUCGAGACGAACAGCUUUGAGCAGUUCUGCAUCAAUUACUGCAAUGAGAAGCUGCAGCAGCUGCUGAUUGAAAUGACUCUGAAGGCGGAGCAGGAGGAAUAUGAACAGGAGGGCAUCCAGUGGGAGCCGAUCCCGUAUUUCAACAACAAGAUAAUCUGUGAUCUGGUGGAAGAGCAGCACAAGGGGAUCAUCUCCCUACUG